GAAACUCAUGGAUUGCGCGAUGAUAUUGAGGAAGAAACUUCUAUCAGUGACGUGAAGGCUCCGAAUGUGUUUGAACGAGCCAAAGAGGAAAUUGAGGCUAUUGUUCAGGCAAUUCAUCCCAGGAAGGAACCUCAGGAUACUGGGAAUCAUGGUCAAGACAGGCAUUCUGCUGCAAAUGUGGAAUUAAAAUCAGAAGUUUCAGAAACUCAUUCAGAGCAGGACAGAAAGUCGCCUAAAUUUAUUGAGAGAGCUAAGGAAGACAUUGAAGCAUUUUUACAUAAAAAGAAGCCGGCAAAUCAUCAUCAUAAAGAAACUCAUGGAGCAAGUGAUGACAUAGAUGAGAACACUCCCAUUAGUGAAAUUAAAGGUCCAAACGUCUUUGAAAGAGCAAAGGAAGAAGUUGAGGCCCUUGUUCAUGCAAUUCAUCCGAAGAAGGAUUCUAGAACAGACACUUCGUCAUCAAAGAAAGAAGGUGGAUUCAGGAUGUCUAUUGGAAAGGGGUUGGAAAAAAUGUGUUCUCCACGGAGCCAUGAUAAAGAUUAAGAGUGAAGUCUUGAGCAUCUCCGCAUUUGAUUGGAUCAGCAGCUCCCCCAUAAAUGGUAAGCUAGUUAUUAAGUAGAAUUAAAGCACAGAAUUGUAAACUUCACCUGCAUAUGGAUAUUGUGGAAAGGCCGAUCAUAGUGGA